GCAGACGAGGAGGACCUCAUCAUGAGAGUCCACUCGACGUUCGCCUAAAAGAGGAGAGAAGGAGAAAGGGGACUAACUAAAGCAUUUGGAUGCAUGUUUGCACCCGUCCGGUCCAAAGCAGGACUGCAGCAAGAGAGAGCGAGAGAGCGAGAAGCCUGCAGCGAGUGCGCACCGAGCCUUUCCCCAAUCCUGGAAAUCUCGCUCAUUUUACGCGCUGCUUUUAGGACUGGACGGAAGCGCGUGGAUGUGGAUUUUGAACUUUUGCGUUUGAGCAAAUUCUCUCCUGUGACGAGGAAGCCACAAGAAGUGGACACCUUAGCUUGUUUAUGUCUGCACUCCGAAAGAAAUUCGGGGACGAUUACCAGGUAGUGACCACCUCGUCCAGCGGCUCUGGCUUCAACAAGCAGGCGCCGGCGGAGAAGAAGCGCAAGCGGCAGCGCUUCGUGGACAAGAACGGCCGCUGCAACGUCCAGCACGGCAACCUGGGGGGCGAGACGAGCAGAUACCUCUCGGACCUGUUCACCACCUUGGUGGACCUGAAAUGGCGCUGGAACCUGUUCAUCUUCAUCCUCACCUACACGGUGGCCUGGCUCUUCAUGGCGUCCAUGUGGUGGUUCAUCGCCUACAUCCGCGGGGACCUGCACAAGGCGCACAACGACAAGUACACGCCGUGCGUGGCCAACGUCUACAACUUUCCCUCGGCCUUCCUCUUCUUCAUCGAGACGGAGGCCACCAUCGGCUACGGCUACCGCUACAUCACGGACAAGUGCCCCGAGGGCAUCAUCCUCUUCCUCUUCCAGUCCAUCUUGGGCUCCAUCGUGGACGCCUUCCUCAUCGGCUGCAUGUUCAUCAAGAUGUCCCAGCCCAAGAAGAGGGCCGAGACGCUCAUGUUCAGCGAGCACGCGGCCAUCUCCAUGCGUGACGGCAAACUCACGCUCAUGUUCCGCGUGGGAAACCUGCGCAACAGCCAUAUGGUCUCCGCGCAGAUCCGCUGCAAACUGCUCAAAUCUCGGCAGACCCCCGAAGGCGAGUUCCUUCCCCUGGACCAGUUGGAGCUGGACGUAGGCUUCAGUACGGGGGCGGACCAACUCUUUCUGGUCUCACCGCUCACCAUCUGCCACGUGAUCGACACCAAAAGCCCCUUCUACGACCUGUCGCAGAGCUCCAUGCAAACGGAGCAGUUUGAGAUCGUGGUGAUACUGGAGGGUAUUGUGGAGACCACGGGGAUGACGUGCCAAGCGAGGACGUCCUACACCGAGGACGAGGUUUUGUGGGGACACCGCUUCUUCCCGGUCAUCUCCUUGGAGGAAGGCUUCUUCAAGGUGGACUACUCCCAGUUCCACGCCACCUUCGAGGUGCCCACCCCGCCGUACAGCGUGAAGGAGCAGGAGGAGGCCCUGCUGCUCUCCUCACCCCUGAUGGCGCCGUCCCUGUGCAACAGCGGGGAGAAGAACAGCUCCCUGGACUGCCUGGAGACCCUGGAGGACAAUGACAGCACCACCAAGCUGCCCGCCAAGCUCCAGAAGAUCACGGGACGUGACGGCCUACCCAAAAAGCUGCUGAGGAUGAGCUCCACCACCUCGGAGAUGACUUACAGUUUCGGAGACCUGCCCAUGAAGUUGCAGCGAAUCAGCUCCGUGCCCGGCGUGUCCGACGACAAGCAGGGCGGGAAGGCCUCCAAAAUGAGCACAGAGCCCAUCAGCAAGUCGGUGGCGGACUUACCCCCCAAGCUGCAGCGGCUGGCCGGGGGAGGCAGGAUGGACGGACACCUGCCGCCCAAACUCAGAAAGAUGAAUUCAGAUCGCUUUACAUAAGGAAGACACCCGUCUUUAAACUUUCCUUGUGCUAUUCCUGAUUUAUGAAUUGACAACAUUCUUCUCAAUAUGUGCACAAAUACAAUCUGCGUAUAAAAUUCCUUCUUUCCAUUUUCAACUGGCAAUUUAAAAAGUGACUCGUUAUUUUGUGGUUUGUUUUUAAAUCUAGCUUUAUCCCCAAAAAAGAAAAAGACCAAAAAAAAUUCACUUUUUUUUCAUGAUUCACUUUUCGGCUCAGAUAAAAUGUACAAAUGGGUCACAGGACUGAAUUUGAUUCUAAUACAGUGGUGCCUUCAGAUAAUGUACGAGUGGCUCGACUUUAGAGUUUUUCAAGAUAUGAGCCAUCAUUUAGCCAAAUUUGUUUCAAAUUCUAUUUAAAUAUGGAUGGUUUUUGUCUUGUUUUUUUCGGGGAAGGCUGGAAUCCAUUAAUGCCAAUUCACGUCCAGUUUACACAAAGGAUUUUUUGGAGCCUAUCUCCCCGUUAUUCAUAGAAAACCUUGCCUUAUUCACGUUUUUAUUAAGUAUACUGUAAGUCUGAAUAUUUUUUCAUGGCAAGAUACUGUCCACAGUGUGUUUAUAAGUAUGUGAAAUGCCUUGAGCCUCUUCCCAAGUCUUUUGGAAUGACGGUUUGUGGUAUGUUGAUAGUUUGAAGUUUACCUUUAAAAAUAGGCAAUUCUAAUCACUUUUCGGGAAACCUCUGCCAUUUGCAGAUUUUUGCUAUUCUCAGUCAAGCUCUGCCUCGUUUUUGUUGAACACUUGGGCCUAGUACUUUAUUUUAACCGUGGUUAUUAUGGUGGGAUUUGGAAAGCUAUUUUUUGAGGUUACAUUUGGUGAAAAAUGUUUGAGAACCACUGCUCUAAACAAUACACAAUUGUCCAGGUUAUAAUAUGCAAGUUGUCUUAUUGUGGCGGCUAACACGCUCACAUAGAGUGUACCAAUGCCCGUUAUUGAACAUAUGGAUGACGCAAACCAAACCAAUAAAAUAUUAAAAUCAAACUCAGUCAGUGGCCUGUUUUUCAAGCAUUUUUGAUCUGAGCCGAAAAUUGAAUUUGGAAAAAUGCUUCCCUUUCUUUUUGUUAAAUCACAAAUAACAAAAUAAUGAGUGACUUUUUCCUUUUUUUAAUGAUUGACUUUUGAUUGCCAGUUGAAAAUGAAAAGCGCGAAUGAUACACAGAUUCGAUGAAGUGGAGCACAUCUUGUUCCGGAUGUAUGGUGUGUACACGCAACGAUGAGAGACCUCGGACUCUUUAGGACGGUGUACAAUUAGCACAAUCAGGCAUGUAAGAAAACAGCGCAUGUAGAACCGAAUCUCAAUAACUCCUGGCAUGUUAUCUUUAUUUAUUAAAAAAAAAAAAAUCCAUUAAUAAAUCUACAGAGAGUGGAAAAUUGCACAAAGCCAUACAAUUUAAAACCAACAUGUCAUGAUUCUAGUUUGUGGGGACGGGCGGCAAAUAACAUUUGUUCCUUGAGUUUCUUGCUUUUGUUGUUUAAUGUAAAGUUGUGACGAUGUUCUGUUGAUUGCAUGCUCCUUUUAUUGACUAUACAAAAGGUAAUAGACAAAGAUGUUUUAGCCUUAAACUAUAUUACCUUGUUUCCAUCUUCAUGUUCGUUCACUGUAUUUCUUUGCUCUUUCAUAGGCGUGCUAUUUUGCCAUCUGCCAUUUUUAAUGACUCUGUUUGUUGCACAAACAUGAUGGAUAUUUUGUUCAACGAUGCCUUCAACACUGCAUCUCAUGUCCCACCUGAAAUGGGCACAAAAAGCUACGCAAUUUCCACAUGUUUAUUAAAGUCACGUUUCAGUUCAAAGGGUCUCUCCCUCUACUUGAUAAGCACAACGCAAUCACUCGUUGAGGCGAGCUCAUAUCAAUUAGCAUUUAAGUAUGGAAAGCUGUUUGAGCAUUCAUUUUAUA